GGAGCCGGCGGCGGGUCCCCGGCGGAGCCUGCGCCGCGCUCCGCUCCCAUUGGCUGCCCUCGCCUUUGUGUGCCGGGCAGCUGCGGCCCCAGCCCCGCAUUUGAAUGUAUAGAGGGGGAUUGGAAGGGAACAUUUCCAUGGGCCAUCUGUCUCCUCGCCAGCCAGCGCUGCCGCCGCCUCAGCCUCCGCAGCCUCCGCCCCGCUGCUGCCUCCGCCACCAUCCCCUCCAUCCCCUCCAUCCCCUCCAUCCCCACCUCCUCCUCUACCACCUCCUCCGCCUCCUCCUCCUCCGCCUCCGCCUCCACCAGCGCCCGGGAGCAGCGCAACAAAGGGACCCCGCGCAGCAGCCGCGAGAGCAGCCGCCGCCGCCGCCGCCCCAGCUUCCAGGAUGGUCCUAGUCCACGUAGGCUAUCUCGUUCUUCCAGUAUUUGGCUCUGUGCGAAACAGAGGUGCCCCUUUUCAAAGGUCUCAGCAUCCUCACGCUACCUCCUGCCGCCAUUUCCACUUGGGUCCCCCCCAGCCACAGCAGCUCACUACGGACUUCCCCAUCGCGCAUCCUGUGCAGUCCCAGCCGGGCCUCAGUCCCCACAUGGCCCCGGCCCACCAGCACAGCGGCACCCUCCACCAGCCCCUGACCCCGCUGCCCACCCUCCCGUUCCAGGACGUCACAGGUCCCUCCUUCCUACCUCAGGCCCUGCACCAGCAAUACCUCCUCCAGCAGCAGCUCCUUGAGGCCCAACACCGCAGGCUGGUCUCACACCCUAGGCGGACUCAGGAACGUGUGUCCGUUCACCCUCACCGGCUGCAUCCAGGCUUUGACUUCAGCCAUCAACUACAGACGCCUCAGCCCAGGUAUUUGGCUGAGGGCACCGACUGGGAUCUCAGCGUGGAUGCUGGUUUGAGCCACGCCCAGUUCCAGGUUCGGCCCAUCCCUCAGCACUAUCAGCAUUACCUAGCGACGCCUCGAAUGCACCACUUUCCCAGAAACUCUUCCUCCACGCAGAUGGUCGUCCAUGAAAUCAGAAAUUACCCUUAUCCCCAGCUUCACUUUCUUGCUCUUCAGGGACUGAAUCCAAACAGACAUACAUCGGCAGUGAGGGAAAGCUACGAGGAACUACUUCAGCUGGAGGACAGACUGGGCAAUGUGAGCCGAGGAGCUGUACAGAACACCAUCGAGAGGUUCACCUUCCCCCACAAGUACAAGAAAAGAAGACCCCAAGAAGGCAAAGGCAAGAAGGAAGAUGGGGAAGAAUCAGACACGGAUGAGAAAUGCACGAUUUGUCUGUCUAUGCUUGAAGACGGAGAAGAUGUGAGGCGUUUACCGUGUAUGCAUCUCUUCCACCAGCUGUGCGUCGACCAAUGGCUCGCCAUGAGCAAGAAAUGCCCCAUCUGCCGAGUGGACAUUGAAACACAACUGGGUGCCGACAGCUGAGGUGACAGUCCGCCUGGCAGAUGCCCCACUUUCCUUCACCAGGUCCCCCGACGGCCAUAGCCCUUGCAGCCAAACUUUGCCUUCUGAGCCAUUUGAUUUAAAGGAAAAGCCUGCAAGCACAUUUUGCGGAAAGAGGAAUCGGUGGUAUCAGCGUCAAAGGGAUAGGAAGGAGGUCCCACCCAGCCCGAAUGGUCACUGCCCCACGUGCCACGCGUGGGGGGAGCUGGCCAUUGCCCAGCCAGGGGGGCGGGAAGGGGGGGCCCACGCUGCUGAGGAUUUAGUUGUGAUCUCGAAGGUACUAGUUGGAUAGUCUGGCCCCUCAAUCCUGUCCUUCGAAGGAUUGUAUAUAUACCUCUCGACUACGUAGAAACCAUGUAGGGGUCUCUAGCUAUUUCUGUGGAUGGCAACCGGAGCAUGUUAGCUUAAGAAAAAAAAAUGUCGUGUGUGGUGCUCUAGUCAUCUUGUGGUGGACAUGUUGCUAUUACCGAAUUUGCACCAAAUAUUUCUCAUCAAGUCCCUUGUUUUGGUGCCUGACAAAACUGACCAACGACAGCCCAAAUCUUCCCAUCUUUAGGAGAGAAGGAAAAAAAAAGGUACAAAGGUUAAAAAAAAAAGCCAAAUCCUGUUUACAGUGAAAAGGAUGAUUCUUCACCCAGGUCUGGGGGUGGGUGGGAGGGGCUUCUCGUUCUUUGUGUUGGUGUUGUUGUUUUGUUUUUUAUUUUUGCUUUGAUCAUGUUUACAGUGUACGGAGCGGUGGAAGGAGGAGGGGCAUCUGGGAAAGAGAUGGGGACAGGAAAGGAUCCAGUGGGAACACAUUGGAUCCCUCAGGAUCCCUACCUGAGCCUCCCACCUGUUGUGCUGGGGUUCAGGGUGGGUGGCCCCGGGGGAGAGGUAGAGAGGAGAGAGGGAGGUCCCUUCUUAAGGGAAGGAUCCUGAGCUCCUGGUGGCCCUCAGAGGAGCUAAGGCUUGGCUUCAGGGCUCCUUCCCCUGUUUCCCCAUAGGCUAGAGAGAGGCUGGCCUUCAGCUAUCAUAGCUUGCUGCAUUCCCCAGAGCCCAACUGCUAUCGCUCUGUGUUCUCCCCUCUGCUGCUCCUUGCCUCGAGGCAAAGAGGCGAUUUAACCGCUGCCUCCCUAUGCAAAAAUAAAUAAAUAAAUAAAAAGUAAGUAAAACGUAAAAUAAAAUAAAAUAGCAUAGAUAAUUAGUAGCUGGUCUUGGCCAAAGUGUUCUCAGCUGCUCUUCUGAGAGCCCCGGCUGGCACUCAAGGAAUGAUGGAGGCUCACGUGCCCCAGGAGGCUGGGAGAAGGCCAAAGCUUGCAGCCUGUCCUCUAUGGUGCCAGCCAGGGUGGAGCAUCACAGGCCAUGAGAUGGUACUUGGACUUCCUCGGGUCCCACCUGGAGAGACAGAGAUUGGGCUCUGGCUCUGAGAGAAUCUUCACUGGGAAAUUGGGGGCCAGAGGCCCCCAGACCCUGCCUCCUCCCUCGACCUGCUUCGAGCAAGUCACGCCCCUUUUUUCUGUGCCUCAGUUUCCCCAUCUGUAAAGUGGGGGAGAAACUAACCUUUAUCCCAGCCCCCACUCCCUCUACCUCCACAAGAUGUUGUGAGGAUUAAUAGCACUUCUGCUCUCUCCUGGGUCCCUUCUCAGGGUGGGGAAAAACUUUGAAGUUUCAAAUGAUUCCACCUAAUGUUCCCCCACCCACCCACCCUGCACAAAGCCACAGCUUUUCUGAAGCCUGGAGGGAGCAGAGGGAAGGAAAGAGGGAGAGACAGGUGGGAACCCGUGAAGUUCCAUCUAGCACCAAAUUGCUUUUAUUACUAUUACUCUUAUUAGUAUUGAUAUUAUUAUUAUCAUUAGUUGGUCCAUGCUUUCUUUUUCAUGGGUGAGAAACACCAGGAAUUAGGACAUACCAAAAGGAGUGUGGGGGAAUGAUUACAGCUCAUAUGGAAUUCUACGCCCUUCCUUUGGCCCUUCCUAUUUCCUUUCCCCCCACCCAUCUGCUACCCCUCUCCCACCCCUUUUCUCCCCCUGCCCUUCAAUAAGCAAAAGAGGACAUGGGGAGACCGUGGUGGUGGUGUUGACAUGCACCAAGGACCACUGGGUGGAGGAGGGAGCAGGUUUGUUUUCUGUCACUCUAGAGCAGAAAACUUUAGACUAAUGGGUAGAAGUUAUAGGGAGACAGACUUCAAUUCCAUACAAGAACUUUGUAACAGUCCUCUGAUUAUUCCGCCAUGGAAGAGGCUUGUUUCAAGAAGCACUGAGCUUCCCAUCAUUGGAAGUGUCCAAACAGAUAACUAUCUGCUAAGGUUUUCCUAGAGGAGAUUCCUGCAUGGGAUGAGAGAUUGGCCUGGGUGACCUGGAGAGUCCCUCUAAAAGUCCAUGAUUCUAUGGAGUGUAUGUGUGUGUGUGUGUGUGUGUUUUUUAGUGAGAUAAUGUAUGUAAAGUGCUUCGCAAACCUUAAAAUGCUACUACAUAAAUGCAAGCUAUUAUUAUUAGUGCUCACUGUGAGUCCACUGUUACGCUAAGCUCUAUGGGGGAUGGAAGAAAAGAGGAAGCGGAAACCUAGGUCCUGCCCCUGAGGAUCUUGCAAUAUAUACGUUAGGGAAUAUUACAAUCCAUGACAGUGUUAGAGGAGACCACCGCGCUGAAGCCAGUAUUUCUAUAACAACAACACAAAAUUCACAAAACUGCCAGGAGGCUCCGGUCUCCCGUGGGGAGGCUUGGGCUUCCAUCAGAAGAUAAGCAGUUGCCUUGUCAGAAGCUGGGCCGUUAGGAAGGGCGAAGCAGGGACUCCCACCUUGGGGCCAUCAGAAGGAGACUGUUCUUUCCACCAGAGAUUUCUCCUUGUUUUGGCUCCUUGUUCCACCCUCCGGGUUGCUUAGAAGAGAUUGGAAGGUUCAAGGGAGGCAAUGGGUUAGAGUGGGAAAAAUGCUGGUUCAUGAAUCCAAACAUCUGGCUUGAGCUAUAACACUAAACGGCUGACCUUGGCUAAGUUCCUUCCUUGCUCUGUGCCUCAAGUUUCCUCAUCUGCAAAAUGAGGGGGUUGGACUCAUUGAUCUCUAAGGUCCAGUCCGGCUCUGACUCUGUGAUUUCCCCAAGGCCAGGGCAUCUUUUCCCAAGCUAGUAAGGUGCCUGCACCGUCCCCACCUGCUUCAGACCAGGAAGCCGUCCAAGGUGACUUUUUUGGUGGGCAGGAACAUCUGCUUAAGAGGCUGAAAAAACAACACAAAAACAAAUUCAGAGUGAGUGGAACAUGAUUCUUUCUGCCUUUCCUCUCGUCCUUUCCCCCUCUGCCUUCCUUCCCCAUGUUUUCUCCGGUCCCAUCUAUAUCUUCCUGGGGCAGGAAGCCCUGCUCUAGGUGCCAAGGUGGGGACCACCCAGAGGGCAACCCUUGCCUUGGAGGAAUUUAUGGUCAUCUGCCACUUGUGGAAUCCCAGCUGAGCUGUAAUUACCCGACUUCUCCCCAAGAGACCCCAGGUACUGUCUGGGGGGCCAGAUGAGGCAGGUGAGGGGCCUGCUCUCCUUCACACCUGUCCCCCCACCCUAGCACCCUGGGUCCCUUCCAUGACAUAGGGAGAAUGGUUGAGGGUCCAUUUGGGCUCAAGACUCUCAGCCCUGACUCGGAAGGUCUCUGGAGUCGGUCACCGGUGAUAAUUUGAGAAGGAAGAGCGGAAAGGGGCCCGUGUUUCCUUUCCCUCUCCUCCCCAGGGACUUUUGUGGGGAGCUGGGGGUCAGAGGGAAGCAGGCACAGAUACUACUCCAACGCCAACAUCUUAAGGAGAGGAGACCAUCUUCAGUCCUUCUUCUGCUCAACUCAAGGGCCUCAGACCCUCGACUGAGAAGCAUGAGUGCCUUCUGUGGCUGGAAGCUGCCCUGGGAAUGAAACUGGGGCCCCUUUCCAACAGCAGCCGCAGCCACAGCAGCAGGCCCCUCUGGGACUCUGGUCAAACCAAUGCCAACGAGCCCGGCAGGGCAGGGCAGGCGGAGGCCGAAGGGCCCAGGGUCCACAGUACACCUCCCCUUCACCAGGACCCUUCCUUCGUCCCCUCCAGAGCCCAAUGCCCAGUCCUGCUGCCCCCCUGAGGCAGGGCAUCAGCUCCUCUGUUCCCAGCACCCCAACUCCAUGCAGGUGUUACUAACUCUUUAUGCCUAAUGAACAAGCACAGUUUUUUUCCAGUGGUGAUGAAAAGCACCACCCAGACUCUUUCCUGAAGAAAUCCCACUCGCUCCCUCCCCACCCUUUGGUGGGGGAGCCUUGCCCCCCGCGGCGCCGUAGCAACGUCUGUCAGGUCCCCCCUUGCCCGCGUUCCAUCUCCUGUCCUCGCAUAGAGCAAAUGCUAGAGCGAUUUCAGCUGAUAGAAAAAAAACAAAAAAGAAAAAAAAACAAACAACAAAAAACGAACAAAAAAAACACACAUGGCACGUUGCUAGUUUACAGGGUUUUGUGAGUUUAAAUGCCUUAUAUUUAACAAUCAUAAUUUAUGACUAACUUGUAGAUAUUGUGGGUUCUUAUUUAAUUAUUUUUAUAGUUGUUUUGCAUUUUUAAUUAUAAUUUAUUUAUUUAGAAAGGAUACUAAUUUUUUUUAUUACUCCUAUUACCUCAUUUUGGCAUUGUUUCUGGGAGUGGAAUGCUUUGCAUGCAUUGGUACGAUGAAAACCGACUUUGACCACAAAAAAACCACAAAAAACAAAAAAAAAACCCACAAAAUUUCGCUGAACUUUAUCUCGUCCCAAAUCAGGGUGUGUGAUUGCAAACUGUCUUACUGUGGUGCUGGCCUCUUUGGAUACAUUCCAUUCAAAAUGCAAACCUUUGAUUCUGUAUGCUGUGAUUUAGUGGAAAACUGCAAUAGAGUAACCGUAUUUAGCACAUAUAUAAAUAUGAUUUGCACUCAGCAUCAAACUGAGGUAAUCCUUUCACUCGCUUCCCUCCGGGUCCCUCUGAAUAUGGACCUCUGUUCUCCCCCACCUCCAGCUUCCUCCACCCCAAAAGCAACCCCAAAGGAUCCUGUUAGGGAAGGCUUGGGAGGCAAGUCAUAGCAGGAGGCCAUGUUUGGGGGGGAAAGGGGUGCUUUAGGAAUACAGGGGUCCUGUCCCAUCAGCAGUCUCUAGCUUCCAACACAAGUUUCCUCUUGGGGAACGCAAAGCAAUUCCUGUUCAGGACUGGGCACUGUGGGGUGAGGUGGAGAUUUUGUGAUCUCAUGAGCUUGCCAGCAGCAUAAGGGACAAAAGACAGGGGGUGCCAAUAGUAAGAAUAUCCAGAACCCGAGCAGUGUAAUGUUGUGGAACAAGUCAGGAGACCUGAAGUUUGGGCCUUCCUGGCUCUGCCGCUAACUUGCAGUGUGACUUUGGGCAAGUCUUAUGAUCUCUCUGGGUCUCUCCAUUGGAAAGUGAGUUGAACUAGAUGAUUUCAGAGGUCUCUUCCAGUUGUGACAUUCUGUGUUUAUAAGGCCGUGUCCUCCUCUUCUUGGAUUCCUUUUUGGAGAUCCCAACUCUCCAGAGAGCUGUCGGAGCUCAUGGGGCACCCACCAUUUUGUACCUAGUUUGCUUGUAUUGGGCUUCUUUGGCCCUAGUAAAGGAGAAAUCGUUGGCCAAUCAUUUUUUCCAGUGAAUUUGCUCAGUGUAGGCUUUCAAUUUAGGUCGCUGGGGCCUCCAACCCCUCCAUUGCUAUAAUAGAAAGUUAGGCUAUUUCUUUGUGCUGAUAAUUGCCUCAAUUGUGUCCGUCUCUUUGACCCUGUAGACCAGAGUUUCCCAAACUAUGUUUUAUAGAACCAUAUUGGGUUCUAUGAAUAGGGUUAAAAAAAACCUGUCAAAAUCUAUGAGAAAAUCUUAAAGGAACAUUUUGCCUCUAAAAUGUUGAGUCUAAAAUUAUGUAUCAAAAUAUAUAAAAUAAUUUCAGCAUGAAAACAGGGCUAAUUGAUUUAAUAUGGUAGCUCUAAAUUGUCUCUAAACCCUCUUUUUUUAGAGGUUAUGCCAACAUUUACAUGGCCAUAUGGGUUUGGGAAACACUGCUGUCCACAAUGCUUGGGGGCUGGGAAGGGUGGGUGGGGGGUUGGGUGGGUGGGAUUCCACCUGUUUAGUGGACUUGCCUCUUGCAUGCUGGCUUGUAUAUUUUCAGUGGAUUUGGAAGAUGUUGGCAGGUUGGGCUAAAGUGCAUGUCAUAGAAUACUGGGGUUGAAGUAUGGGCCCCAAAUGUUGUAGCUUGGUGUUUUUGUCCUGACCAUGGAAGCUCUUGGAAUUUUGGAUGAUUGGGCCUCCUUCCAGCUCGAAGCUUUAUUUCUAGAAAGUUAAGGGAAUUGAUGAGCGGGAGGGAGGGAGGGAGAGGGCACCCUAGCUCUAGAUUCUAUGAUUCUAUGAUCCUGUGAACUCAUUUGUUGGCAAAUUAUGAGUUGAAAUGUGCCAUUAUGUUACCCCAAACCUCUCUUCCCCUGGUGACUUGGCUGGGCAGGUUUCUUGCCCUUCCCUCUGCAGUAUAGGAAGGAUGGCAAAGUCAUGGGAAAGGACUAUGGUUAGAGUUGGGGGUAGACAGGAAGUUGAAUUAUUUGGCUUUGGGUGAGCCAUCAGUAGUAGAGCCAUUUGUUGUCGGGAAAGGAAAUCUGGGCCAGAUCUUUGGCAUAGGCUAGCACAUUGACCUGCCCCCAGUUCCCCUUAAUUGACAGGACACAUGAGGAGUUGUUAAUACUCUUGAGGAGAAGCACCUACUUUCAGUACCAAUUUAGAUCCUUCAGGGAUUGUGGCAAGAAUUCAGGGUGACAUCUUUAAGACCUGUACCUUUGACUCCCUUUUCCCUCUGUUCCUUUCCCUAUUUCCUCCCUAACUCCUUUUUUCUUUCCCAUCUUUUCCUCCUUUCUCUUCCCUCCUCCUUUCUACUUUUCCCCCAUCAAUGCCUCUUUCCAAUAACUAACAACCCCAACUCAAGGUCUACAUGGAGGGAGAGCAAUUAGGGAUUGGGACAAGUGGGCUUGGUAACAUCACCUUACCACCUAAAGUCCAUGAAUCAGCCAAGUCAAGAGGCCUUUCUACCAAUUAUUGAGGGGGUGAUGGAGUUUAUGUGCUAUGCCUACCCCCCAUCCUCUCCCUCACCAGGUUCCUACAUCUCCCACUAGCCAAACUCUGCCUUCCCCUUUGAAAUACCAUCACUACUGUGCCAGACCUGUGGUCCAGCCUCUGGGGUCUCUUCUAGGUAAACUGGCAGAUAUUAUAACAAAUCCUGUCAGUAAAAAUUCCUUUGAUAGGUCCCAGAUGGAUUCACCUUAUAUCAAACAAUGUUUUCUAGCAGAAGGCAUUAAAGCAUGGUACCUCUUGUGCUUCUUUGGAAGUUGGUACCUGGAGCCCAAGCCAACACCAUUCACCCUUGCCUAUUCUGGUUCUCAUUGUUCCCCCAAACCCCAGUUACAGCCAUCUUUAUUUGUCCCCAUUUCCCCUUCUGGUUCCAACUUUUUGCCUUGGAAACCAUUUUUUUUCCUAAGGCUAUAACUAGCCUCAUAGGGGGCCCAGGCGAGUGAAAGGAUUAUCAUUGGUUUUGAUUGGUUUUUUUGGUAACCCUACUGCUGUUCUGUUCUGUUGUGCUGUGUGACAUUUUGCUACAUAGACUAUUUUAUAGCAGAAAGCUAGAAGAAUAUUUAUUAUGAAUAUUAAAGCAAUAGUGCAUCAAGAGACGGAGACAUUAGGAAUUGUGUAAAUGCUUAGAUUCACUUUUGGUGGAUUUUUUGUACUUUAUUUAUAACUAAUAAAAAACAAACUGCAUUGCUAACUACA